AUGAAAUUGGCCGAGGUAAAAUCAAAGUUAGAAAACUGGAGUAAUGAAAUCAAACAGAAGCAAGCUGCUAAAGAAAACGAACGCGGAGAUCAACAAUUGGGCUCGCAAAAUUACCUUUCUGCCGAAAAUUGUUAUACAAAAGCAAUUGAAUUGUGGCCACAAAAUGUCGCUUACUACAAUAAUCGAUGCGCAUGUUUGAUGAAACAAGGAGAAUACAAUCGGGCACUUCGAGAUUGUCUACGUGCUAUUUCAAUAGACAAAAGUGUCGAAAAGAGUUAUGAACAAAUGGCAAGCUGUUAUUUAAUUCUUGGCGACUAUACAAAUGCCGAUGAAUCAAUCAAAAUACUCGAAAAAUAUAAGUCUUAUGAGAACUUUUGUAACGAAAAGAAAGAAUUAAGUAUAAAAUUGCGAAAUCUGAAAAAAAAUUAUAUCUAUCGUCGAAACCUGCAUAUGUAUUAUUCCGCACUCGAUUUUGCAAUAGAAGGCUUGGAAGCAUUUCCGGAUAGUGUGAGGUUCAAAAUUUUGAAAGCAGAGUGUUGCAUAAAUACUCGCAAUAUAAAGAAAUUAAAAGAAAUGGAAAACGAAAAGGGCCUCUCAAAAGCUGAUAAAUGUUAUCUCAAAAGCCUUUACUCUUUAUACAAAGAAAAUUUUGAAGAAGCAAUAUUGCAUUUAAAAGAAGGCCAAAAAAUUGAUCCGGAUCACACAUAUUCGCAACGGAUGCAAAUAGUAAUCGAGAAAAUACAAAAAGGCGAUGAAAGGUUUCACAAAAAAAGGUUUAAUGAAGCUGCCGAUUUUUAUGGGGAAGCACUUGACAGUGGAGUGAUUAUAAUUAGAUCGAUUGAAGUCCAUUUGCUGAAGAAUCGUGCCAAAUCACGAAGACACAUUUUUCAAUUCCAUGGUGCUAUUGCAGACUGUACCAGAGCAUUAGAUAUUCAAUUUAGGUUCGAAUUCCCUUACUACGGUUUUCUGUUACUGCGAGCUGAUUGUUAUUGUUGUCUUGAGCUAUUUGAAGAAUCACUCAAAGACUACGAGACGGCGAUAAAAGUUAUUCUGGAACAUUUUCCACAGAAAAACACAGAAAUAGGUGACGAAAUCAGGUCAAAAAUAAACAAAAUGAAAGAUGAGGUAAACCACAAAAAUGCAAAAAACAUGAAUAGUUUGGGAGAACAAAAGAUGUCGGCAAAUCAAUUUGACGAAGCGUUGAACUUUUAUUGCCAAGCUAUUGACUUGUGGCCGGAGAAUGUUUUGUUUUGCAGUAAUCGUGCAAAUUGUUACAUGAAACUUGGCAAAUAUAAAGCGGCUGUGACAGAUUUCCAAUCCAUAUUGACAACCAUUUCGACAAAAGAUUUCCAUCAAAUGAUUAAAUGUUUUAUAAAUGUUGGCGAUGUCACCAACGCAGAAAAAUUUAUUUCAGAAAUGACAUAUGUUGAGAAUGCAUUAGAUGUUGCCUUUGCAGAUUCAAAACUAAAGAUAUUGAAAGGAGAAUGUCUUGCACUAACCGGCAAUUUUGAGGAAGCAAUGAAAAUUGCCAAAUUGUUUACAUCUGAUGCAUUAGAAAACGAUGUCGAAUAUCUUCAAGCACUGUGUGCGUUCAAAGAUGAUUGGAAAAAGGCAGAGAGAAAUUUAAAAAAUGUGCUUCUUUUAGAUCCAAAUCAUGUCAAGGCUGGAUCAAUGUUACGACAAAUAAAACAGUUUAAAGAAUUUGAAGCAAGAGGCAACCACUUACUGAAUGAGAGAAGGUAUCAACAGGCCAGAGAAUUCUUAAGAAAAGCAAUUGAAUCCAAUCCAAUUGACAGCGUUGAUAUUUCAAAUUUAAUAUGCAAUUAUGCUUCUGCGUGUUUCGAAUGUAACGAGUAUCGAGAUGCAAUUGACGCAUGCACAAAAUUGAUAAACAAUGACCAGCACCAUACUCGUAGCUUAGGAAUUCGCGCAAAAUGUUACAGCAACUUGAAAUUAUAUUCAAAAUGUCUUGAUGAUCUAAAGAGUUUAAAGCGGCUCAAAAAAUAUGAAUUUGAUUCAGUUUUAUAUGACAGGACAGAAAAAGCUUUAGAACCUUACCAAUCCAAAGAUCCAAACUAUUAUGAUAUAUUGGAUGUCGAAAAGAGUGCCACCUUGGAAGAAAUUACUAAAGCUCGCAGAAAACUUGCACUGUGUCACCAUCCUGAUAAGCAUCCAUACGCACCCAACGACGAAAAAAAAGAACAUGAAGAAAUGUGUAAAAAAAUAAAUAAUGCCUAUAGAGUACUCGCAGAUAAAAAUGAGAGAGCUAAACAUGACCGAAAUUUAGAAAGAAAUAAAGAGUCUUACGGGAGUAAGACGAACUUUUCCGCACGGUGGUAG